AUGGUAAAGAAGGCCUACAUCUCUGCCGUCUUCGCCAUGCUUUCUCAAGCUCACCCGUCCAAGACUUGCCAAGGGCAUAGUAGCUACCAUGCGUGUUCCUGUUUUGGUAACGCUCAAUCUACUGCAGGUAUACAAGGACUGGUGCAGCGCAGGCUUCCGAACCACGUGAACGACUUUACCUUCAACCUGACCAACAGCUCAUUCGUAACGCACGCCACAACCGGUAUCUCAAAGCAGAACGACCAAUUCACGGUCUCUAAUGGCGUCAAUAACACAAUCAACAUUGCCGGCAACAGCCCGAUCGCUCUUGCAAGCGGUCUGCGCUGGUACCUCACCAACUACGUCCACGUGGACAUCUACUGGUACAUUGGCUCUCGCUUGCAUCUGACACCCCAGCGUCUUCCAGCUAUAAAUUCAACGUACCAUGGCUCCAGCGUCGUGCCGUGGAGAUAUCACUUUAACACUGUGACGUUCAGCUAUACCGCAGCAUUCUGGACCUGGGAAGACUGGGAGCUUGAGCUUGAUUGGCUUGCGCUUCGCGGCGUCAAUUUACCGCUCGCCUGGGUGGGCUAUGAGCAGAUCCUCAUGCAGGUCUUCCAGGACGCCGGCUUCAGCAACUCGGAUAUUGCUAGCUUCUUCUCCGGCCCAGCCUUCCAGGCGUGGAACCGUUUCGGGAAUAUUCAAGGUUCCUGGGGCGGCGACUUGCCGAUGAGUUGGAUCAGCAGCCAAUUCACGCUCGGAAAGCAAAUUGUUGCUCGUAUGGUUGAGCUUGGUAUGACGCCUGUCUUACCAUGCUUCCCAGGCUUUGUGCCGAUGCAGAUUGGACGUUACUACCCGAACGCUAUGUACAUUAACGGCAGUCAGUGGAACGGCUUCCCGCGUCAAAACACGAACGUAUCGUUCUUGGAGCCUUUUGAUCCGCUCUACACUACCCUGCAGAAGAGUUUUAUCUCUAAGCAGACAGCUGCUUAUGGCAAUGUGUCCAGUAUCUAUACGUUGGAUCAAUACAACGAGAACAACCCUUACUCUGCUGACACAACUUACCUGCGCAACAUCAGCGCUGGUACCAUUGCUGCUCUGAAGGCUGCCGAUCCGAAUGCUGUGUGGAUGCUGCAGGGAUGGCUGUUUUUCAGCUCCGCUACGUUCUGGACUGACGCCGCUAUCCGAGCCUACUUGGGUGGCGUCAACAAUACCGAUAUGAUCAUUCUCGAUCUGUUUUCUGAGACGCAGCCGCAGUGGCAACGCACCAACUCCUACUAUGGCAAGCCGUGGAUCUGGUGCGAGCUCCAUGAUUAUGGCGGGAACAUGGGUCUUUACGGCCAGGUGGAGAAUGUCACUAUCAACCCGAUCCAAGCUCUCAACAACGCCAGCUCGACCAUGGUAGGCAUGGGUCUCACCAUGGAAGGACAAGAAGGGAAUGAAAUUAUGUAUGACAUUCUUCUUGAUCAAGCAUGGUCCAGCACUCCCCUGAACAACAGCUUGUACUUCCAUGAUUGGGUGACAUCGAGAUACCACGGCGCGGCUUCACUACCGCCAGGGUUGUACACAGCUUGGGACACCAUGCGCCAGACCGUCUACAACAACACUCAGAUCAGUACGAUACAGUCCGUCACCAAGUCAAUUUGGGAGCUGACUCCGAACGUCACCGGACUCCUGAAUCGCACGGGUCACCACCCUACAACCAUCCAAUACAACACAAGUACCCUUGUCGGUGCUUGGAAGCAAUUUUACGGGGCCGCUGCGCAAGAGCCUACACUCUGGGAUAGUCCUGGUUACCUCUUCGAUCUUACAGAUGUUACCAGGCAAGUUAUGGCAAACGCCUUCUACCCACUGUACACUAGCUUUGUCAGCGCCUCCAACCACUCGGCUAACGCUACGUACUCCCCGGGCAACGCAACGAUAUAUGGCCAACAGAUGGUCAGCCUCCUGUCGGCUCUUGACUCAAUGCUUGCGGCUAGCCCUAUCCCAUACUUCCACCUUUCGACAUGGAUCGCGGAGGCUCGAUCGUGGUCUGCUCCCACUGCCACCCUGCCAAACAACGCGACGAAUCUCACCUCAAGCUCACAAACGGCGAGCUUCUAUGAGUACAAUGCACGCAAUCAGAUCACGCUCUGGGGACCGACUGGCCAGAUCAGCGAUUACGCAUCGAAGCAAUGGGCCGGCCUGAUCAGCUCGUACUACGUUCCACGUUGGCAAUUGUUCGUGAACUACACGCUCAACGGCACAACCGCCUCCAAUGGGGCCAACGCUCCGCUUGCCGCCAGCCUGUUGGCAUUCGAGGAAGCAUGGCAGACGCAGGAGUGGGGUGAGGCGUACGGUGAGAGCUUUGCACCACCGCAGCCGGCUCAGCUACAGAGGACGAUCGCGGCGCUGGUAACGGCCUGGCCUAAUGUGUUUGGGUCGUAACGACCCGCUUUCAUCAAAGCCAGUUGCACUGUAGUAGCCUCCCACAUCGCAGAUAUGGUGGAUAGAUAUCUCAAUCGAGAGGAUCUGACCACGAGAUUACCACAAGCGUGCAGUCCGAAGCCGGCAGCCCGCGCCGGCACCAAAUGGGCCUCUCGGUAGCCUAGGACUUUGCACGUCGUGUUAAGAUGGCGCACCACUGCCGGCAAACAUCCCAUACCGACAGUGCGCUCACGUGACUCUGCGAUUGCCAUCUUUCGAGCUCGAGCAUGUCCCUGGGAUUCAGUGGGUAUCAGAGCUUGCUGCUAUACUCAAAUGUUGAUGGUUUCGUACGCUCUCAUCGUUCUCACUAGACCCUCUGCUAGUACCGGGAUGUGGUAAGUAAUAUAAUAGGCGGGCCCAAACAGUGGAAGGAUCUCAGGAUCCUGUUGUAG